AUGUUUCCAAGAGGACGCACAUAUCAUUACCCGGGUCGCAAUGCACCGGAUUCAAAUCUCAAGGGUGGCAUGUUUCCUCGGUAUGAAGGUGCAGCAAUGGGCCAGCCAAUGCCAAUUACAGCUUUGGCUUCUUCCCUUGCUAAUGCCCCUCCUGAACAGCAAAGGACAAUGUUGGGUGAGAGUUUGUAUCCACUGGUGGAUCAGUUGGAACCUGAGAAUGCUGCUAAAGUAACAGGAAUGCUUUUGGAGAUGGACCAAACAGAAGUGUUACAUUUGCUGGAGUCACCAGAUGCUUUGAAAGCAAAGUCUAGACAAAAGGCCCUGGCAGAUCUUCAGCAAAUGCAAAGCACACAUGUAGGAGUUGUCUCUGAUCAGAAUUUAUUGGAACUUCUGGAGUUAGCAAUGUCAUCAAACACAACUGAAACUGUGAAAAGAGCCAAAGAACUGAUGGAAUUGGGAGUUUACCAUAUGGUCCUCAUGUUGCAAAUGGCUACACUUAUUAUGGACAUUGUUGCUGGAACAUAUCAAGUAAUUGAAGCUAGUGCUGACUCAUUGUUUGAUGGUAGAAGGUGUAACCUUCUCAACAACAACAUUCUACUUAAGAAGGUGAGUAAUCAAGAUUAA